AUGUCCAGUAGAGCAGAAGCCAAGGCAGCGGGCGAGAUUUCCAGUGAUGGUAAUUUCAAUAUGGCUCAAGUGCAAACCUCCAGGAAAGGGUUUUGUUCAGUCCGACACGGGCUGGCCCUCAUCGUGCAUCUCUGCAAUUUUUCGGUUCUCGCCCAACAAAUGAACCUGAGCAUUGCCAUCCAAGCCAUGGUGAACAGCACGGCCCUGGCUGGCCCACCCAACACCUCCACAGAAAGGCCUCCCACCGCCCAGGGCAGCUGGAAUGAAACUCUAAAGGAAUUUAAGCCCAUGGCCCCUACGUAUGACUGGAGUCCUGGGAUGCAGGGGAUCAUUCUCAGCUCUCUCAACUAUGGCUCCUUCCUGGCUCCAGUCCCUGCUGGCUACAUGUCUGGAAUAUUUGGAGCCAAGUACUUGGUGGGUGUUGGCCUGUUUCUUUCCUCGGUCUUGACUUUCUUCAUUCCACUAGCAGCUGACGCUGGAGUAGCCUUGCUCAUCAUCAUUCGGAGCAUUCAAGGCAUAGCCCAGGGUACGAUGUUAACAAGUCAAUAUUCAAUUUGGGUCAAAUGGGCUCCCCCACUGGAGAAGAAUCAACUCAUCAACAUUGCCAUAUCAGGACAAAUGCUGGGAUCCUUCAUCACUUUCCUCUUUGGCGGUUUACUGUGCCAGACUAUCGGGUGGCCUUAUGUCUUCUACAUCUGUGGUGGAAUUGGCUGCAUCUGUUCUUUUCUCUGGUUUCCUCUUGUUUAUGACGAUCCCAUAAAUCAUCCGUUCAUCAGCGCUGGUGAGAAGGAAUACAUCGUGUGUUCUCUGGCUCAACAGGAUUGUUCACCAGUCUGGUCUCUACCCAUUAAGGCUAUGAUGAGAUCCCUACCACUUUGGACCAUUUUAGUCUUUCAUUUCACUGAAUUCUGGACUUUGUAUAUUUUUAUGGACUACACACCUACAUACCUCAGCACUGUACUGCAAGCUAACCUCAGAGACAGUGGGAUCCUCAUGUCCCUGCUGCUGGCGGCUGCCUUUAUCUGCACUAUCCUUGAAGGUCUAUCCGCAGACUUCCUUCUUUCCAGAAAACUCCUCCGACUCAUCACCAUCAGGAAACUGUCCACCGCCAUAGGGGUUCUCGUGCCGUCCGCGGUCCUCGUGUCCUUGCACUGGUUCAGAUCCAGCCUGAGUGCCACCAUGGCCCUCUUGGUACUGUCUCAUGCUGCCACCACCUUCUGCCAGAUAGGAGCCUUUGUUAACUUCUUGGACAUCGCUCCUCGGUACACUGGCUUUCUCAAAGGACUAUCACAAGGCUUCGUUUACCUCUCCGGAGCCAUUUCUUCCACUGUCGCUGGAUUUAUACUAAGUCAGGAUUCCGAGUUUGGCUGGAGAAAUGUCUUCCUGAUUUCAACUUCUGUGAGCAUAUCAGGCCUGGUCUUCUUCCUCAUCUUCGGCCAAGCAGACGUCCAGGACUGGGCCACAGAGCAGAUACACACUCAGUGCUGAGCAGACCAGAUGCCUGAUCUCUUGAUGUCCAGCCAGUCACAGGUGGCCCUCGUGGGCAUUCCCCCGUAGCACCUGUUCGGCUGGUUAGCCAUUUAAUUUGAGUUGACUUUGUUUCCAGUAUCUUCUCGGAGACCUUGGCUGUGUAGUACUGAAGGGGAUGUUUGCAGAUUUUACAGGGGUGGGUUGGAGGUGGGGAGCUGUAAGCUCCUGAAAGCACUGAAUUUCUAGUGUUCUGCACUCUUUCCACUAUUUUUGUGGCAUAAGAAAAAAUCUAUAAUUGGGGAGAUGCCUGGGUGGCUCGGUCAGUUAAGCAUCUGACUUCGGCUCGGGUUAUGAUCUCACAGUUUGUGAGUUCGAG